GAAUAAAAUAAGUGGUACCUACAUAAUUUCAUUUAAAUAAGAGAAAUAAAAAUCCAAAAUUGCAGUCAUGUUUAAAAACUACCAUGCUAUUACUGAUGUCGUUUCCUUAGUUGUGUACUGUCCUCCUGAAAGAUCGUAUUUGUUAACAAAGGAGAGCAACGGAGAGUUUUGGAUACCGUCGUGUAAAACUGAGAAGAACUGCUGGAAAAUUACAGCACAUAAGUUAAAUUUUGAGCUAUUCGGAAUGGAUUCCACUUCGAACUGCCAGCCGUUGAGGGUGUAUAGAGUGUGGCUUCCAAAUCAUCCUUUACAGUGUGUUUAUCACGCUGUGUACAAAGUGGCCAUCAAACCGGACGUCAAGAAGAGAAUCAAACAGAAGGCAGGUGUAAGAAACCGCCUCCAAUGGUUCACAGCAGCCGAGCUGGAGAGGCAACGCGCGCACUGUAACCUCAGAAGUCCAGAGCUCACGGUAUUUGCGGCAAUGGCUAUCGGAGACCAUGUCAAAGAUGCAGAGUUGGAUUUGGAAACAGGGAUGCUUGUAGAAGUGUGCGAAGAUAACAUUCUGUUGGGGACGGACGGUGCCGGGGGAGCAGUUGCAAUGGGAUCCCCACCGUGGCAGCUGUUGCAGGCUGCGAACUAUAAUAGAGACGAUCAAAUCCAUCUCUACAAAGAGUUCAUCUUGCUGGUGUAUCCGGCGCUGUUCAUGAGUGUAAAUAUAUUUUCACAAUUUAUGUUGGAUCUGGGCUGGCAGCGUACACAAUGUUACAGCCUCUAUAGAUCGGCUGAUGUGUCCAGUCGUGGAGGGCUGUCGUUCCUUAAUCUGCUGCUUUGGUCGGCCGCGCUGGAACCAUCCACGCAGCAUAUCGGACCGCCGGCCGAGAUUCGUUGCAGAUAUAUCUUUAGAUAUUUCGAUGGUAAUCAUGACCAGAAACUGGAAUAUGUCGAGUUUAAGGAGUUGGUGGCUGCAGCGCGGGCUGCUCGAGAAAUGCCGGUCGAUGCACUCAACGUGUCGAGAGAUGCUGACAAUUGUAUAAGGCAACUAGGACUCCAGCCCAACGCACAGGUGCCGCUGGCUGAGUUCUUGCGGGCAGUGGCAGAGCUGUGGCUGCGAGGAACCAGCUCAUUGCUCAGAUCACCCAAGAGUGUAACAGGAUAUUUAAUGGAUUUGCAUGGGCGAGAGAACGAGGCGAAUGCAGCGACGGCAUCUAAAAUUAUGAACAGUUAUGGAACAAGUCACCCAGAAAUGCAGUCGCACACAAGUUCUGCAACGGCAGCCACGACACCUCACUCUGGAGACUUCGCCCUGGCAACUAGCGUCGUUCGACUCCAACACGCCAGACCACCUGAAAUGCUGCAGCUGGUCCAUUUUUCUGAGGAUGUCGUGACUCCAUCUACGAUUAAAUUGGUAACAACUUCUACAAACUCUUCUGACAAACUCGGAGAAACCUCAGCACCUUCCGAGGUCUUCGCAACCAUCAGCUACUUUGCCAAGUCAAUUGAAAAACCGGGGCACCGCCGAGUUUCUGGCGGAGGUUCCAUAGCGCUGUCGAAGAUGGCCUGGAAGUGGGCUGAGCAAACUGAGGAGGCGUCGUUUGGAUCCCUCCUUCUGCGCCUCGCGGACGCAGUGCGCCCGAUCUGCGCCAGCGAGCCUCGCCUCCUCAAACUAACAUCCCCUGUAUAUGCCAUUGGUGACCUACAUGGAAACUUGCCAGCAUUAAUGUCAAUGGCGGCAUCAUUAUGGCCGAACGGAACGGCUCUGGUGCCGGCCCGUCUACUCUUCCUCGGCGAUUACGUGGACCGAGGGCAGUACGGCACGGAACUGAUGGCGUACUUGCUCGCUGCCAAGCUGCAGCGGCCCGAGGGCGUGCUCCUCGUCAGGGGCAACCAUGAGGCUAGGGAAAUACAGAAGAUGUUCAGUUUUCAUGAUGAAUGCAUCACCAAAUACCGUGACGUAGAAGGAGGAAGAAUCUGGAACGCGAUCAAUCAAGUAUUUGAUGUACUACCAUUAGCCGCCGUGGUUGACGACAAGGUCUUUUGCUGUCACGGCGGCAUACCGCCGCCCUGGGUGUGCCCUCUCAUAUCAGCGAUUGACAAAGUGCCCGUGCCACUGUCACGGCCGGCGGAGCAGAGCUCCAUAGCAUGGGAGCUACUGUGGAAUGAUCCUGUUAAGCAGAACAAGGUGACUGCGUCGGUAGCGCUCGAGCUGGCUGCCAACGAGGGCUUCGCGGUGAACAACAAGCGAGGCACGGGCCACGUGUUCGACCACGUGGCACUCGAACGGUUCCUCGUCGCCAACCAGCUCUCGCACGUCAUUCGUGCUCACGAACUGCAGCAAAACGGAUUCAUGUGCCAGUUCCACGGACGACUUAUAUCAGUGUUCUCUUCAUCUAACUACUGCGGCGGAACCAACGACUCUGGCGUGGUCCUCAUAUCGGAUAACAAGCUACGAUUGAUGCGUGUAACCACCGAAUAA